AAUCUCGAGACUCUUUGCGGCGCGAGCUUCCGGAUUUUUCCUUCUCUGUUUCUCUUCUCGCACACUCCAUUUGCGCGUGUACUCGAGUGGAAAACAUGGGCAAUAAAGUCGCGACUUUCAGCGAGGAACAGCUCGAGGAUUAUCAGGACUGCACCUACUUCACGCGCAAAGAGAUACUCAGAUUGUACAAACGUUUUCGAGAAAUGGCUGAUCCAGGAAUGGUUCCACGUAGCAUGACACCGCACGAGGCCUCAUCUCUGCGACUACCACUCGAUUAUUUAGCCAGAAUACCCGAGUUAAAGGAGAAUCCAUUCAGAGAACGGAUCGGGCGUGUAUUCACGAGGAACAGUUUGGACAACGACGAAAAUAUCGGAAUAUGCUUCGAGGACUUUCUCGAAAUGAUGUCGGUCUUCUCGGAGCACGCCCCGCGCGAUCUCAAAGUUUACUACGCUUUCAGAAUUUACGAUUUCGACGAGGACGGCCUGGUGGGCCCGAGCGACUUGGAGCGCACGUGCCGGCAAUUGGUGCGCGGGGCAUUGGCCGACGACGAGGUGACGACCGUCUGCCAGAAGGUGCUCGAGGAGAGCGACAUCGACGGCGACGGCGCCCUGUCCUACCUCGAGUUCGAGCACGUCGUCACUCGGGCCUCGGACUUUUUGGCCACCUUUCACAUACGCAUCUGA